AUCACUUAAAAACAGAGUUUUCAUUAACUCUUUUUUUAAGGGAAUAAUUGUAUACUAUUUUUUUUUUCUUUUUUUUUUCCUUAAAUAAUUAUAAAAAAAGGAGAGGGUUUUGAGGUUGCUAGGGAAGGAAAAAGUAAGAUCAACGAGAUGGCUGCUAGAGCAAGUGCAUUUCUUGCAUUGUUGGUCUGUUUAUCAACAACUGCUUUGAUCAGAGCUGAAGAUCCAUAUCUCUUCUUUACAUGGAAUGUUACUUAUGGCACCAUCUCACCACUUGGAGUCCCACAACAAGGCAUUCUCAUCAACAACCAGUUCCCUGGUCCUAACAUCAACUCCACCACCAACAACAACAUUGUCAUCAACAUCUUCAACAACCUUGAUGAGCCAGUUCUAUUCUCAUGGAACGGUAUUCAACACAGGAAGAAUUCAUGGCAAGAUGGUAUGCCCGGGACUACCUGCCCAAUCCAACCUGGUACUAACUACACCUAUCAUUUCCAGGUUAAGGAUCAGAUCGGUAGUUACUUUUACUUCCCUAGCACGGCUUUCCACAAAGCUGCCGGUGGUUUCGGUGGUCUACGCGUUAACAGCCGUCUCCUCAUCCCUGUUCCCUUUGCUGAUCCCGAAGACGACUACACCGUCCUCAUUGGUGAUUGGUACACUACUGACCACAAAGCCUUAAGGAGUGUUUUGGACAGCGGUCGAUCUAUUAACAGACCCGACGGUGUCCUCAUUAACGGUAAGUCCGGUAAAGGAGCUGACAAGAACGAACCACUCUUCUCCAUGAAGCCUGGUAAGACCUACAGGUACAGAAUCUGCAAUGUUGGUAUCAAGAGCACAUUGAACUUCAGGAUCCAAGGUCAUACGAUGAAGUUGGUUGAGAUGGACGGUUCCCACGUUGUUCAGAACACCUACGAUUCACUUGACGUUCAUGUUGGUCAGUGCUACUCAGUUUUGGUUACAGCUGAUCAAGAACCAAGAGACUACUACAUGGUUGCUUCUUCAAGAUUCAUCAAGGAGAGCACCAAUGCCACCGGUUUGAUCCGUUACGAAGGAAGCAGCGCCCCUGCUUCUCCUGUUCUUCCAGAGGCACCAACUAGUCUCAUCUGGUCACUCAAUCAAUUCCGUUCUUUCAGAUGGAACCUUACUGCCAGUGCUGCUCGUCCCAACCCACAAGGUUCAUACCACUAUGGUGGUAUCAACAUUACCCGCACCAUCAAGAUUGUUAACUCUGCUUCAAAGGUUGACGGCAAGCUUCGAUAUGCCAUUAACGGUGUUUCACACACCAACCCAGAGACUCCUCUCAAGAUUGCUGAAUACUUCCAAGUACCCGAGAAGGUCUUCAAGUACAACACAAUUGUUGACGAGCCAACCGCAGAGAGUGAAACCAAGAUCACUGUCUCACCCAACGUUCUUAACGCAACUUUCCGUGACUUUGUUGAAAUCAUAUUCGAAAACCACGAGAAGUCAAUGCAAUCAUACCACUUGGACGGGUACUCGUUCUUCGCCGUUGCAAUUGAAGCAGGAAAAUGGACUCCAGAGAAGAGAAAGAACUACAACUUGCUCGAUGCUGUAAGCAGGCACACAAUCCAGGUCUACCCUGGUACUUGGGCUGCCAUCAUGCUUACCUUCGAUAAUGCUGGUUUGUGGAACUUGAGGUCUAACCUUUGGGAAAAGUACUACUUGGGUCAGCAAAUGUACUUCAGCGUUCUUUCACCGGCUCGAUCUCUCAGAGAUGAAUACAACAUUCCUGACAACUACACCAUGUGUGGUCUUGUUAAGGACUUGCCUAAACCACCUCCUUACACUAUCUAAGUUUAAAAUUCUGUAAACUGUUAAGUUUGAGUUCAUGUAUUUUGUACUUGAAUAUUAAAUAAGAGGCUGCUCAGUAUAUCAAUUGAUUGUUGUUUGGGGAAACAUGGUUGUGGUGUUACCAAAUUGAUGAAAAAUGUAAUAAGAGGCAGUGUACUAAUGAAGUCAUCGUCUUCGAAUCA